GAAGACUUGCAGUCUCGCGUCUGUGUUGGAUUGGAGCGCAAGGAAGGCAACUUGUACGCGUCUUGUUGAAGCUACCAGUCAUCUUUUGGCCCUUCCCACGGACACCCAUUCGGCUGUUCUGUUGCUGCUGUCAUUGCAGGGUAUUUUAUAGUCUUACUCUGUUUUUUGACCACUUUGAUGCACAUAGUUUAACAUGGAGUUCCCUACACCGCCUUGCAAGGUUGCCCGUUUAUCAAAUUCUGUUGGGAUUGGACCAAGUAGUUGGGGUAAUGUUAUGGAGAUGAAGACCAACGGAUCAAUUGGAGGAGAUGGGCUAAAUCUUGAGCUUGGAAGUGGAUCUGGUCAUUUCAGGAAAUCGUGUGGUUUCACCAUUUUUCAGCUGCAGGAGCUACAGCUUCAAACACUUAUCUACAAGCACAUGGGAGCUGGGCUUCCCGUGCCUUAUCAUCUUCUUCUCCCCAUAUGGAAGAGUGUUGAGAGCUCCCUUGUCGGUCCCAAUGGUGUGCUUCCUCCAGUGUACACAAGCUUUUUGAGGUCUAGCCCCUUGUCUUCAGACAAUAGAAUUAUGAUGGAUUCCGGUCCAGAGCCUGGGAGAUGUAGAAGAACAGAUGGGAAGAAGUGGAGGUGUAGCAACGAACCUGUUCCUCAGAAAAAGUACUGUGAGAGGCACAUGCAAAGAGGGCGUCAGCGUUCAAGAAAGCUUGUGGAAACUUCUCAACCUCUUAGCACAAGUAUUGGGGUUUCUCCAAGCUCAAACACCAACCUCUCUAUUUCACUCUCAGUGAAUAGCAGCAGCAGCAGCAUCAGCAGCAGCUGUUAUCCCUCUGAAUAGCAGCAGCUGUGAUCCCUAUCCGAAGAGUCUUACUUCUUGGAGGUAAAUAGUGCUUUUAUCAGUGUUGAAACUGCAAGCUUUUUUGGGUAAAAAAUGUGUUCCAAAAAUUAAAUUUGGGGACUACAUUUGUUCAACUGUUCAGGAACAAGGGAUUUUGAGACUGUUGGAUUUUGUUCCAGAUAGGAGAAACAAUUUUGUCAUAUGUUGUGCUGGUGUUUGGAUCCCCACCUGUUUGUUGCUUAUUAAUAUUAGGAGCAUUUACUUGAUUAUUGUAAGUGUUUAUGUUUCUGUUUGAAAUUGUUUAAUGAAUAAAUUUACAUCUUCCUAUUGGCUUAA